AUGGCUUAUCACCACAACUUAUAUUUUAUCUUGUUAUUAGUUGUCACUUUGUCAUUAACAAGCAGCUACAUAUUUCAAGCAGAAGCGCGCCAUCUUCUUGAAGUAACUCUGCCUGAGCUACCUAAGCCUGAAUUGCCACAUUUGCCGGAAAUCCCAACUUUGCCUAAGCCUGUAUUCCCAGAAAUUCCAAAACCCGAGCUUCCAACUCUGCCAAAGCUUGAAUUGCCUGAAUUCCCAAAGCCAGAGCUGCCAACAAUGCAAAAGCCUGAACUGCCAAUGUUGCCAAAACUCGAGAUAACAUCCAUUCCUAAGCCUGAGCUACCAACUUUGCCAAAGCUAGAAAUCCCUCAACUUUCCUUUUGGAAGGAUUCUUCAUGUGAUAUUCCUUCAUCAGUUGUAGCUUCUAUUGGAAGAAGUAUUUAUUCACCUAUAUACACAACAUGGAUUAAUAAGCAAAACCAUUUACUUGCCAUGUUGAAGCGUAACAAAGUUAAAGAAAGCUAUGCAAUUCAAGCAGAAGCGCGCCAUCUUCUUGAAGUAACUCUGCCUGAGCUUCCUAAGCCUGAAUUGCCACAUCUGCCGGAAAUCCCAACUUUGCCUAAGCCUGAAUUCCCUGAAAUUCCAAAACCUGAGUUACCAACACUGCCAAAGCCACAAUUUCCUGAAAUCUCAAAGCCGGAGUUGCCAGCAUUUCCAAAGCCUGAGCUGCCAACGUUGCCAAAACUCGAGGUUCCUGCCAUUCCUAAGCUUGAAUUUCCAACUUUGCCAAAGCCAGAAAUCCUUCAGGUGCCUAAAAAGCCUUGA